CCAUAGUGCAGACCACCAAUUGCUUAUUUUCAACCGUUUUGUUUGAUUUUCUUUAUUAACAGCUUACAUUUAUUUUCUUUUUCUUAAGAAAAUCUCAGAUUUGCCUGGAAUUUGCAAAUUGCUUCAUAAAGUCGCUACGCUACUGCGAAGGUGUUGUGUCAGCAUUUGCUACAGUUGAAGGCUUUCCUUUGUCAUUCAUCUUGAACAGAGAAAUAUUUGGCUUCUCUGAAACUAUUUGCGUCUUGGAAAACCACAGAGCCCGAUUCUUCAAGUUUUAUAUCAUAUCCCUUAUACUUUUAGACUGGGAAUAAAUGCGAAAGGUUUCGGUGCAUUUGGGAUUUCAGGAAUAUUGAUACCUUUUUUUUUCCCUUCCUAUUUUCAACUCUCUUUCUAGUGUUUGGGUAUUGUUUCUACUUUGUUUUUUUGAACGUUCUGUAAAUCCAUAGCUACUUGUACAUUUAUUUUUUUCUCUUUUUUUUUACGAAAAUGCCUCCUAAAACUGUGAUUGUGGGUGUUAGUGGUGCUUCUUGCAGUGGAAAGUCGACAUUGACUCAGUUUCUUCAUGCUAUCUUUAAAGGAUCUUCCAUUCUCCACGAAGAUGACUUUUACAAGACCGAUGCAGAUAUUCCUGUAAAAAAUGGGAUUGCCGACUGGGAUUGCAAAGAGUCCUUGAACUUGGACUUAUUCUUGGAAACACUAAAAUAUAUCCGUGAACAUGGUGAUUUGCCUACUCAUCUUCACAAUCGAGACAAUAAAAACGUGGCAAAAGAAGCUCUCGCACAGUUUACUUCAAUCCUUGAAGAAUACCCAGAAAGCCCUAUUUCUUCUUCAGAUUACAAAAUUAUAUUUGUGGAUGGGUUUAUGCUCUAUGUAAACGAAGAGCUUAUCCGAUCGUUUGAUCUCUGUCUUAUGCUGGUUUGCGACUUUGAUACAUUAAGAGCUCGUAGAGAAUCUCGUAAAGGUUAUGUGACCCAAGAAGGGUUUUGGCAGGAUCCACCUAACUACUUUGAGAAUUACGUCUGGCCAGGUUAUGUAAACGGUCAUGCUCAUCUUUUUCAAAACAAAGACGUUCAUGGGAAAUUGGUAGAUACUCGCAUACAACUCAGCCCUUCCAGCAAAUUGAGUGUUAAGCAAAAUGUGGAAUGGGCUGUCGCUACUAUACAGAAGGCUUUAUCAUAACAUUUCUUAAAUUAAUUUCAUCCUUUUUUGUUAGUUUUUGAUCGUUACGUCUAUUAUAUUACCUUCAAAUUUACACUUUUCACUUCCUCUUCAUCAUUGUAUCCCAUUUGGAAGCUAAACAUCAUCUCUUGCUUUAGAUUCAAAUUCACUUUGUACCCAUCUUUAAUAAAAUUGUGCAUACUUACUACUACAAAAUGGAUUAUGAAUACAAUUAUGUUUAAGUUUUUACUGUAAGU